AUGGCAUCCACCUCGCCGCUGCACUGUUUUACGUUGCUCGGCCCGUCGCCGACGCUGGAGGCCAAGCGUCGGCAGAUCCUUGGGAACCUGCAGAAGAUCUGCCCCAAGGUGACGGAUCUGGAUGGAGUCUACCUGCACUUUGUUCUCGCGACGUCUGCCGAAGCGCAGCGCACGCUCCAGGACACGUCGAGCGAUGUGCGCGGCAAGCUCGACCAGCUGCUCGACUAUGGUGACCACAUCGAGUACGAAGGCACGCCCAAGACGCUGCACGAUGCGCUGCACGGCGAACACCACUGCAACUGCACGACGCUCUUCGUCUCGCCCCGCGCCGGCAACGUGACGCCGUGGUCGUCCAAGGCGACCAACAUUGCGCAUAUCUGUGGUCUGGGCGAGUGGGUCGCACGUAUCGAGCGCGGAUUUGCCGUCGUGAUCACCGCGAGCUCGCCGCUGAGCGAUGACGAGCUCGAGGCGCUCGAGCCGAUCCUGUACGACCGCAUGACGCAGUCCAUCACGCGCACCGCGACGCCCGAGAGCUGUGCGGCGCUCUUUGCCACAGCCGAGCCCGGUGAGCUGCGCACGGUUGACCUCGGCGCGCUGCGGAACUCGGACGGGGACUGGGAGGCCGCGCACCAGCGCCUGGCCGACGCUAACAGCAAGUACGGCUUGGCGCUCGCUCCUGAUGAAAUCGACUACCUGGUCGACGCGUUCGUCCGCGGCGCAUCCGGCGAGCCGCCGCUGCGCCGCAACCCGACCGACGUGGAGCUGUUCAUGUUUGCGCAGGUCAACUCGGAGCACUGCCGUCACAAGAUCUUCAACGCGAACUGGACGAUCGACGGGAAGCUGAUGCCCAACACGCUCUUUGGCAUGAUCCGCAACACGCACAAAGUUACACCGCAGUUUACACUCUCUGCCUACUCGGACAAUGCCGCGGUGCUCGAAGGCGCCAAGGGCAUGCGCUACCUGCCGAUGCCGGACGUGACCGAGAUCGGCGACGUAUCGCUCGCCAACGUGUACGUGGGCCACACCGAGGACAUGCCGAUUCUCGCCAAGGUUGAGACGCACAACCAUCCCACUGCGAUCUCGCCCUACCCCGGUGCGGCGACCGGCAGUGGCGGUGAGAUCCGCGACGAGGGCGCCGUCGGCCGUGGUUCGAAGCCCAAAGCAGGUCUUUCUGGCUUUAUGACGUCGAACCUGCGCAUUCCCGGCGCGGAGAUGCCGUGGGAGGAGGACGUGGGUAAGCCGAUGCACAUUGCGAGCCCCCUCGAGAUUAUGCGCGACGCGCCGAUCGGCGCCGCCAACUUUAACAACGAGUUUGGCCGUCCUGCGCUGACUGGUUUCUGGCGCACGUUCUGCGAGCGUGUCCCGAGCGCGAACGGCACCGAGCUGCGUGGCUACCACAAGCCGAUCAUGCUGGCGGGUGGUCUGGGUACGGUCCGUCCCCAGUACGUGUUCAAGGGCAAGAUCCUUCCGGGCGACAAGCUGAUUGUGCUUGGUGGGCCCGGCUACCUGAUCGGUCUCGGCGGCGGUACCUCGUCGUCGGUCGCGUCGGGCGGCUCGGCACGUGCGACGCUCGACUACGUCAGUGUCUCGCGCGAGAACCCCGAGAUGGAGCGCCGCUGCCAGCAGGUGAUCGACGCGUGCUGCUCGUCGGGCACGAACCCGAUCGAGAGCAUCCACGACGUGGGUGCGGGCGGUCUCUCGAACGCCUUUCCCGAGUUGGUGCACGACGCGGGCCUCGGUGCGCACUUUGAGCUGCGCGACGUGCCGCUCGGCAACGAGUCGCUGAGCCCGGUCGCGAUCUGGUGCAACGAGAGCCAGGAGCGCUACGUGCUUGCGGUGCGCCCACAGAACCUCGACGCCUUUACCGAGAUUGCCACACGCGAGCGCUGUCCGUUUGCCGUGUGCGGUACGGCGACCGAGGAGCAGCAGCUACUCGUGACCGACCGCCUCUUUAAGAACACGCCAAUCGACCUGCCGAUGUCGACGCUCUUCAACAAGCCCCCCAAGAUCGACCGCGAGUCGACGCACGCCUCGCCUGCCUUCACCAAGUUUGACGAGACGCUCAAGGCGUACGUCGAUGGCGACGACAAGGCGCGUCUCUCGGACGCCAUCGACCGCGUGCUGCACCUUCCUUCGGUCGCGUCCAAGGCGUUCCUGAUCACGAUCGGCGACCGCUCCAUCACCGGCCUUGUCGCGCGCGACCAGAUGGUCGGCCCGUGGCAGGUUCCGGUCGCGGACGUCGCCGUGACGCGCACCUCGUACGGCUUUGAAGAGUCCAAGACGGGUGAGGCGAUGGCGAGCGGCGAGCGCACGCCGCUUGCGAUCCUGAGCGGUGCGGCGGCGGCGCGCAUGGCCGUUGGUGAGGCGCUCACGAACCUUGCUGCGGCCGAUGUCGAGUCGCUCGAGCAGGUCAAGCUCAGUGCGAACUGGAUGUGUGCCGCGUCGAUGCCGCACGACGGUGCACAGUUGUACGAUGCCGUGCAGGCCAUCGGUCUCGACCUGUGCCCCAAGCUCGGCCUGGCGAUUCCUGUUGGCAAGGAUUCGAUGUCGAUGGGCAUGUCGUGGACCGAGCAGGACGAGAAGCGCCAAGUGAUGGCGCCCCUCUCGCCGAUCAUCACUGCCUUUGCGCCGGUGACCGACGUCCGGUCGACCUGGACGCCGCAGCUCGUCAAGACCAACGGCCCGAGCGUGCUGCUGCUGAUCGACCUCGGUCUCGGGAAGCAGCGCCUCGGUGGCUCGGCCCUCGCGCAGGUGUACAAGGAGAUUGGCGACGUGGCGCCCGACGUGGAGAACGCCGAGGUGCUCAAGGCCUUCUUUGGCACCAUGUCGACGCUCCGCCAGCUGCACGUGCAGAAGCGCGACGUGCCUGGCCUUGUGCACGCCUACCACGACCGCUCGGACGGUGGCCUGCUGGUCGCUGCGCUCGAGAUGGCCUUUGCGGGCCGCGUCGGUGUCACGAUCGACGUCACGACGCUGCACAAGAAGGACACGCCGAGCACCGCUGCCCUCUUUAACGAGGAGCUCGGUGCGGUGCUCCAGGUGCGUGAGGCCGACCUCAAGGCCGUCUCGACGGUCCUGACGACGUUUGGCGUGCCCGAACAGGCAAUCCACACCGUCGGCAAGGUCCGCGACGACGAGACGGUCGAAAUCGUCUCGCACGGCACCACGCUCUACUCUUCGACGCGCGCUGCCCUGCAAAAGGCCUGGGCCUCGACCUCGUUCGAGAUCCAGUCGCUGCGUGACAACCCCGAGAGUGCCAAGGAGGAGUUUAGCCUGAUUGACGAGGCGCCGGCCGGCAAGGCUGCGCUCAAGUACAAGCUCACCUUUACCCCGGGCGACGCGGUGUGCGAGUCGACGAUCGAGCGCCCGCUUGCGUCGCAGCCCCGCGUCGCGAUCCUCCGCGAGCAGGGCGUGAACGGCCAGGUGGAGAUGGCGUGGGCCUUCCAGCGCGCCGGCUUCCUUGCGCUCGACGUGCACAUGACGGACCUGCUUGCGGGCCGCGUGCGCCUCGACGCUGUGUCGGGUAUCGCUGCCUGCGGUGGCUUCUCGUACGGUGACGUGCUGGGCGCCGGCCGCGGCUGGGCCAACUCGGUGCUGAUGUCGACCAACGUCCGCGACGAGUUCAAGGCGUUCUUUGCGCGCGAAAAGACGUUUGCGCUGGGUGUGUGCAAUGGUUGCCAGAUGAUUUCGACGCUCGGCCGUGCCGGCCUUAUCCCGGGCGGCGAGAAGUGGCCCGCCUUUGCGCCAAACGAGAGCGGCCGCUUCGAGGCGCGCCUCACCUCGGUCGAGAUCCCGGAGACGAACAGCAUCUUUUUCCAGGGCAUGACCGGCUCGACGAUUCCCGUGCCGGUCGCCCACGGCGAGGGUCGUGCGACUUUCGACUCGGACGCGGACGCGUCGCACUGCGAGUCCAACGGCCUGGUCGCGCUGCGCUACACCGACAAGGCCUACCCGCUGAACCCCAACGGCUCUACCAACAACAUUGCCGGUGUGAGCGCGCUCGAAGGCCGCGUCUUGGUGCUCAUGCCGCACCCCGAGCGUGCGACGGCGACGCCCUCGCUGUCGUACCUGCCCUCGGACGCACACAAGUGGAAGGGCCACGCGCCGUGGUUCCGCAUGUUUGAGAAUGCUCGUAGGUUUGUCGCGUAA